GAGAAUCGAUCCAUUCAAGAUGCCAGUUGAUGACAUGUCUUAGUCAGCAGCCCAUUGAAUAGCAAGAACCGAAAUCUGGGGUAUCGUCAUCGGCGCCACCGCGGAAGUGAUAAUCGACCAGAGAGCUCUGUACCUGCGUACCUGCCUGAUUCCCAUUUCCGUUUGACCACCGAUAUACUGUACUGUAAUCCGUACAGCUUACACAGUCGUGUUGCAACCCCGCACUGAACUUCUUCGGCCAAACCUACCACACGAAAACUCACGCUGAACUGCGCGAAGACCCGACCGCGCAGCCAAGCGAAAGCGGCGCAAAAUGGAGCGAGAUCUUGAUAAUGCCAACCCUACGAUAUUGAGUGUGUCGCAGCUGCCCAGCAGACGACGCAAGGGGUUGUCGACCAGAAAUGGUCCCGAUUCCAAAUGUGACAGCAUCGUCUACCCUAAGCACGCCUGGCCGUAUGGCUCCUAUCCGGCAUCGGAUGAUGAAGAGUAUGGGGAAGAACCCAUGGACGAGCAGGACAUCUACGAUCUCAUCUCCACCAUCUCAGAUCCUGAGCACCCUCAUACUCUGGGCCAGCUGUCUGUCGUGAGGCUCCCGGACAUCCACUUAAAUCCCUCACCUGCCGAGUUGCCAGAUCCCGACUCUCUCGUCACGGUCUUGGUCGAGCUCACCCCGACCAUCAAUCACUGCUCCCUGGCAACAGUCAUCGGCCUGGCGGUGCGGUGCAGGCUAGAGCAGACACUGCCGCCCAACUACCGAGUGGAUGUGAGAAUGAAGAGCGGAACCCAUGCUCAAGACGAUCAAGUUACCAAGCAACUGGGCGACAAGGAGAGGGUUGCAGCUGCUCUGGAGAACGACACGCUCCAGCGUAUGGUAGACAAGAUGCUCGAGACGUGUGCAUGAGCGGUGUCACUUAGGUUCCGUAUCUCACGGCAAAACAAGCAAUGCACUGGACAGAACUUUCCAGUCUAGCAACAUCGGCAAGGCUCAGGCGGCGG